AUGCGACUUAUCAGUACUGCAGAUCUGAGCCUCCAUGAGUUUCUUGGCGAGAAAAUACCGUCGUACGCGAUUCUCUCGCACACCUGGGGCGAGGAAGAAGUAUCGUACAAGCAGUUCAAGAAACUGCAGGACCGCCACUUGGCCGGCUACGAAAAGAUAGAGAAAUGUUGCGCUAUCGCUUUGGAGAAAGGCCUUCAGUAUGCGUGGGUCGACACUUGCUGCAUUGAUAAAUCCAGUAGCGCUGAGCUGACCGAGGCUAUCAACUCUAUAGGACAUGGCAUAUGUCUUCUAGGCUUGUUUGACGUGAAUAUGCCGCUCCUCUAUGGUGAAGGAUCAAAAGCAUUCUUGAGGCUUCAAUACGAGAUUCUGCAAUCCUAUGACGAUGAAUCUAUCUUCGCUUGGAAAGAUGAGGCGUUAUGGAUGAGUGGACUGCUAGCUCGUUCACCGGCUAGUUUCGCAGACUCGGGUGAUGUCGUCCGUGCGACGGAUACUCGAUUCUAUCGAAAGCCCUAUGCGACUACCAACCAGGGAUUGCACAUCGAUCUUCCUUAUUCCAAACAGGAAUUUCUACCUCAUCAAAGAUUUGAUGUGCCUCUUCGUUGUGUACGAAAAGUAAGAGAUGCUGAAGCCUACAUAUGGCUGUCUUUCGACCCCUUAAAUAACGAGCAUCGACCAAAGGCAAAACGUGCCGUCAGAACUGACUCAGACCAGCUGAAAACAUCGAACUCUUCAUUCAAGUCUAGUCAAUUUCAGACCCUUGGUGACGAAGAAAAAUUUUUCGAUAGCUAUUAUAUCCCCCAUGAAUACCAUUUGAAGAAGUUACAAACCGUAGAUCGCAUUGCUGAAUUGCAUUCUUUCACACAACGAAAGACGUUGUUUACCUCGUUGACUUUACAGCUCUUUGGAGAUAUGAGAAAAAAGAGUGUAUCGACGUUAAGACAUCUAUCACGAGAUAGGAUUGGUUUUUUCAUCCCGUUGUUCGAUAUGAUGUCGCAUCAAAAAUUCGUUGAACCACUACUACUCAUAUCGUGGCUGAAGAGCCUUCCCUCAACCAAGUCUCCUACGGAGGUGUCUAUGUUCAGUGGAGAGUUUGGUAAAAUGCCUUACAAAGACAAUCGAAACCAAGAAGUAUGGGACGAAGCAUCGUGCGAGCUGGACGAACAGGUACUCACAUUGGGGGACAUGAGAGUCAUUCAGCUGAUUAAUGGAUCAAUUAUGACUUUGGCGCUUAGAGACUCAGCAGAAGAAGAUCUAGAGAAUGAUUGCAAAAUGACUUGCCUCCAUCUUCAGCUCGACCGAUUUCCAGUCCAAAGGACGAAAGAUGAGCAGAGCGUAGAGACCUCCUCUGAUCAUCCCGAUCGUGCGAGUCCACGGGUUUUAAACAUGAAGAAUGAGAGUAUUGAGCGCGACAACCGAGUGGGAUAA